AUGCAUGAAGGUUUGGAGAAGAUUUCUCUUAGACCUUUGGGGGGUGACGGUGGAGAGGUUCAACUGUCUUCAAGUCUUGUGAGUUUUGGUCGUGAUGCGUCUUGUUGCGAUGUGGUAUUUCCUGAUUCCGCCGGCAUUUUAUCGCGUAAGCACUGUUUCGUGCGUCAUGAGGGUGAUGCGGUUGUUAUCGAGGAUUUGAGCCACAACGGUACCUUCAUCAAUGGGAAGCGUAUUGGGAAGGGAAGGCAACAGCAGCUGCAGUUGGGCGACGUGCUUUCGCUGAUGAAUCCUGUUCUUCCGGAUUGCGCGUCUUUUUCAUUCCUGCUGCAGAUGUCUAGCACUUGUGAACCGUACGAUGUGCUGGCGGGGCGAUAUGUGCUGAAGGAGGUGAUUGGCACAGGGGCCGCUUCCUGCGUUCGAGUGGGCAUCGAUUGCCGCAGUGGUGAGGCAUUGGCAGUCAAGACGAUUGACGCGCGUAAAUUUUCUUUUUUGUCACGCUGCAUGAGAGAGGCACUCGUUGGGGAGGCAGACAUUCUUCGGGCAUUGUCGCCGCAUCCGAAUAUUGUCCGCUUCAUCGAGGUGAUCGAUGUACCUCCUGUUUUGGCUCUCGUCAUGGAGCGUGGGUGUGGGGACCUCUUUGACUACGUUGUAGGCCGAAGGGGCGCGGAGCGUCCUUUGGUGGAAAGAGAGGUGAGAGGCCUGUUUGCACAGCUCUUCGAUGCUGUGCGUCACAUGCACCGCAACCACAUCGUCCACCGCGAUCUAAAGCCGGAAAACGUUGUGCUCGUGUUUGGUGACGCCUCAUUUCAAGAACAUUUGGGCGAAGUGGAAAAUGUUCCCGCCUUGUGCGUGUCACUGAAGCUAGCAGACUUUGGAUCGGCAAGGCAUCGCAUAUCUCGACAGGAGGAGCCCCUCUCGCCACUCGGCUGCACAAGCGCUUAUACAGCGCCGGAAGUUCUCGCGGCCGAAGAGAGGGGGGCGAGUGGCGAGUUUGCGGCAGAUGUGUGGUCUCUGGGCGCGAUUCUGCACUUCAUGUGUUUUUGCAAGCCUCCUGAGCGAGGCGUGUUGGAGCUUUCUCGCACCAUUUCAGAGGAGUGCGGGAGACUCCUGCGUGGAAUGCUCGCGGGGGACCCGGCGGUGCGCGUGUGCCUUGACGACGUUGCCGCCCACGCGUGGAUGAGUGGCGGCGGAGACAGCGAGGCGAGCGGGCCGACGAAACGGCGCCGCUUGCACUGA